AUGUUGAAAAAUUGCAAACAAAAACAUCCUUCCGCCUUUCUUUUUCGAGAUUGGAUUGAGACUGUUCUACUCAAAUUCUUCUCAUGGUAUGAUUUCUUCUUCAUUCCAACUUCUACAACUACUGAUUCCACAAUCCCAAAUGAAAUCAUAACAAAUAUCCUCUUAAGGCUUCCCCCUGAGUCUCUCUUGAAAUGUAUGUCUGUUUCGAAAUCAUGGCAUCAACUUAUAUCUAGCCCUGAUUUUGUGAAUACACAUCUCAUAUCAAACAGACAUCAAAGAGUUCUAUUCCCAGGCAUCAAUGGGAAUUUCAACUUUAGUUUUCUCCUCCCACAACAAGUCACUGUUCACAUAUAUCCUCUCACUUAUCAACUUUCUCCGACCUUUUUUUCUGACUUGAGUAAUGAGAUCAACAUUUAUAGGUUGAGGACGGAUUCUUGAAAAACACUCCAUGACCAGCUUUAGGGCAUCUUUCUAAUAAAUUUUCAGGGUAAACAUGUCAAUGAGAAGCUUCAUUGGAUUGCAUCAACUAGUUAUAGUAAUUUCAAUGUGCGCAAGAUCAUUUCUUUUGAUGUAGCAAACGAGGCAUGGGGUAGCUUGACUCCCAUUUGUGGAGAAGUCAGUUCUAAUUUAAAAAUGGGAGCAGUGGGAAGUGAUCUUUCUGUGAUUUAUACUUUUCAUAUAGGUGAUACUACUUUUGAUGUCUGGAUUUUGAAAGAU